AUCGAGCCACUGUAAUCGCUGUGUUUUCACGUCGUGAGGAUGAAUAUGUAGUUUCAUUGUAAUGUUUGCUCCUUUUAUUCGCUCCGACAUGAACUGCUAACACGGGCGGGAUUUCAAGCCGUGUGCUGUUUGAGAAAGCACGCUUUGUCAUCAUCAGCUCCUCCUGUCAGGUGAGCAGAGUGACAAGCAGCUGUAACAUCGGGCUUGGUCUCACUUAAAAGUCAGUGCAAAUGUUGUCUAUUAGCCUGUAACUAGAGGAAGACGGUUACACAGAAAAAGUGCCACAGAUGUAAUCGUUUGACAGAUUGCAGCCAUGUCUAUAGAAUACACCAUUGACAUCCAGCUGACCGAGUUGGGGUUUCCAGACAUCUUGGAACCUCAGGAGACUUCGGUGACAGAAACACCAUGUCUCUCCACAUCAUCUGAUGAUUCACUCUCACCCAGUCACUCUCACACUUCACUUCCAAACACGGGCAAAGAAAGACUGCUCGUCAGAAGCCAGAAAUCAGCUGCUGAUAAAGAAGCGGCAGCGGCAAAAAAUACCUCAUUUGAUGAAAAAAAAACAAAAGUAUGUGCAUCACCUCUGACAGAGGAGUUACCAUGUAAACCUCCAGAUCCCCCCCAGAGUCAGCAAAACAAAGAAACUGUCAAAGACUCUGCACCUCCAGAACCGUCAGAGCCCACAGAGACUGAUGCUGGACGGGACAAAGCGGACAGUCCGCUGCUCAUAACCCAACAGGGAGAUGAUGGAGAGGAUGGUGACAGAGAGGAAGCACAGGAGAAGUCAGCUGAGGCGCAGCAGGAUGUAGAGAGUGACUCGGAUGACAGUGAUGUUUCAGUGUUGGAUGAGGAUGAAGAGGUUGAUGACGAAGAGGAGGAAGAGGAAGGGCCUAACAAUGAGUCGAGUAACUCAGGCGAGUACCGCUGCAGUGUCUGUGAUCUCCAGCUGUCCUCUGAAUUCAAGCUCCAAGACCACAUGAACCUGCACACGGGGGUGCGUCCGUACUGCUGUGCAGAGUGCGGGAAGCGCUUCUGUCAGAUUUACAACUACCGCGUCCACCUGCGCACACAUGCCCAGACUUCAGCGGGACGUCUCCAGUGCCGUAUCUGUCUGAGGGUCUUUGCCUCACAGGAAGACUUGAAAGGCCACCUGUCAAAAACUCACUUUGAGGAUCGGUUUUAUGAAUGUGAUCUGUGCAAGCGCGUGUUUGCUUCCCUGAAAGCGUGCGAGUAUCACGUGCAGUUACACAAUUGUUUGCUUGGCGUUAAUUGUAAAGUAUGUGGCCACAAUUUUACCUCUCUGAAAGCCCUCCUACGCCACCAGAAGAGGACAUGCUGUCGCAAUUUUAAAUGCACAGACUGCGCAAAGACCUUUACUAAGAAGAACGCUCUAUUAAAACACAGCUUCACCCACCUCGGUUUGUUGCCUUACACCUGCAUACGAUGCCGCAGCCACUUCCGCCUGGCAAAGCUUUACCGCCAACACAAGUGUGAGCCUGAACGCAUUCACUGUGUGGCAUGUCUAAGAGAAUUCCUCAGUCAGGCGGACUUCCAGCAACACAAAAAGGACACAGGCUGCUGGGGCAAUCAGGAACCUAAAGGGGAUGAGAUCCGAUGUUUGGAGUGCGGGCAGAGAUUUGACACCACAGAAGAGCUGAAGAAACAUGCCGGGGCUCACCAGAGAGUGCUCAAAUGUGCUGAAUGUGGUAAGGGGUUUCGGUCGGCAUUGCUGCUUAUGUCACACAUGGGCGGUCACGCUGGCAAGUCGCCCUGCCUCUGUCAGAGCUGUGGACUGGGCUUUCCUCACCAGCAGAACUACGACAGCCACCUUAAGAAGUGUGGACAAACACCUCAGUCUGUGAGUGCCCCCAAGAAACGGCCGGCCCCGAAGAGCUCCUCACCUGAGACCAAAAAGCUGGACACAAAGUCAGAGUCACCAGUUCCAGCAAGCACAACCACUGUGCCUGCUCCACCUGUUAAGGACUCUGCUAGUCCAGACCUUGUGACAGGAGGCAUGUCUAAUACUGGCUCUGCUUCAUCAGACGGGUUAUGGAAGAUAACUCUGGACAAACAGCCACCGCCUGGUGUUAAACUUGUUCUAUUUCUCCCUGUCUGUCAAACCAACGGCCUGGCGCUCCCAUCUACAGUCCCUCAAACAAUACAGGUUCCAGAUGUCCAAGUCAAGCAUCAAGCGGCCCGCCCUCCUCUUUCACGUAAGGAACACCUUGGAGUGAAGGCUGAGCUAAAUGUCCCUGUGGAUUUAGUAACCAGGAUUAAACGGGAUCCAGAAGGUGAAGCACCUUUGGACUUGUCUAAGAAGUAUAACUCAUGUAAGUCAGCUACGAGCGAUGUUCCUCUUCCUCCUGUUAAAAGUGAGCCGAAAGAAUUUGAAGUCUCAGGAGAGGCUAAAGGCACUAAAAGACAUGGAUUAAAAAAUGCUGAAUGGAAAGUGACUGAUAAAAAACUGAAAGGAGAGGCAGAUGCAUAUACUAAUGUUAAGUGGGUGAAAAGUGAUAUCUCCCCUCUUAAUGACAAUACGGCAUCCUCUGGACUAAUAGCAGGCAUUAAGAAAGAGCCUCAGUCUCCUGGUUCUGAUUUUGAUGUGUGGCGGUCCAGAUCAUGCCAGCUGAGAGACCGGAGGCUUGAGAAAGAAAUUAAGAUGGAAGUUGAUGUUUCGCACCCAUCCCCUGCUGAUACGGAGAAUUGAAAUACAGUGAAUGGGAGAAUAAAACACCUACUCUAUUGAUGUACGGGUGACCACCAAAACAAGAAUGGAGGUGAUACUCUACAGCCAGAAUGAUGCACUAAUGACGUUCUGUCUACCAUCAUAACCUUAUAUGACAGAGCAGAUCUUUUUUUACCGUUUCCACUUGCUCUUGAAGAAAUCCAGUAUGUCUAGCA